AUGUCUGCACUAGAUAUGAAUAAUUUACAAAAUUCGUUUCAGCAAGCUCUGAACGUUUCUCCAGGGGCUGUUUCUACUUCUCCAACUCAAUCUUUUAUGAACACAAUUCCAAAAAGAUUGGAAAAUUUUAAUAGCAACCAAAAGGCUUUAAAACCCUUCUCCACAGGUGAUAUUAAGAUCUUACUAUUGGAAAAUGUUAAUCAAACUGCAAUUGAUAUCUUCAAAAACCAAGGUUAUCAAGUCGAUUUUUAUAAGUCUUCAUUACCAGAAGCUGAAUUAGCUGAAAAGAUUAAAGAUGUCCAUGCAAUUGGUAUCAGAUCAAAGACUCAAUUGACUGAAAAAAUAUUGCAACAAGCAAAAAAUUUGGUUGUCGUGGGUUGUUUCUGUAUUGGUACAAAUCAAGUUGAUUUAGCUGCUGCCGCAAGAUUGGGUAUUGCUGUCUUCAACUCGCCAUUCUCGAAUUCAAGAUCCGUUGCUGAGUUAGUAAUUGCCGAAAUUAUCAUCUUAGCAAGACAAGUAGGGGACAGAUCAAUUGAAUUACACACAGGUACAUGGAAUAAAGUCUCUGCAAAAUGUUGGGAAGUAAGAGGCAAAACUUUGGGGAUUAUCGGCUAUGGUCACAUCGGUGCCCAAUUAUCUGUUCUAGCUGAAUCAAUGGGUUUGCACGUCAUCUAUUAUGAUAUUGUCACAAUCAUGUCAUUAGGUACUGCUAAACAAGUCUCUACAUUAGACGAGUUGUUGAACAACUCGGAUUUUGUCACUUUACAUGUUCCAGAAACUCCAGAAACAAAAAACAUCUUGUCUGCUCCACAGUUCGCAGCUAUGAAACAUGGUGCAUAUGUUAUCAACGCCUCUAGAGGUACUGUGGUCGAUAUUCCAGCUUUGAUUCAAGCCAUGAAAGUAGGGAAAGUCGCAGGUGCUGCUUUGGAUGUUUACCCACAAGAACCUGCUAAGAACGGUUCAGGUGCAUUCUCUAAUGAAUUGAAUAAAUGGACAUCAGAAUUAGUCUCUUUGCCAAAUGUCCUCUUAACCCCACAUAUCGGUGGCUCUACCGAAGAAGCUCAAAGUUCAAUCGGUAUCGAAGUCUCUACUGCUCUAUCUAAAUACAUCAAUGAAGGUAACUCUACAGGUUCAGUGAACUUCCCAGAAGUCUCUCUAAGAGCAUUGAAAUUGGAUCAAGAAAAUACAGUGCGUGUAUUGUAUAUUCACAAAAACGUUCCAGGUGUGCUAAAGACUGUUAAUAAUAUCUUAUCAGAUCAUAACAUUGAAAAACAGUUUUCAGACUCUAACGGUGAAAUUGCUUACUUAAUGGCUGAUAUCUCAAGCGUUAAUCAAGAUGACAUUAAAUUAAUUUAUGAUCAAUUGAAUGAAACUACCGAAAAGAUCAGAAUUAGACUACUAUACUAA